AUGCAAACUGUUGUGUUAGUAGCUUUUUUCGGUUUCCUGCGCUGCGGUGAAUUCACAGUCAGGUCCUAUGGAGCGUUUAAUAGAGAAUUUCAUUUAUGUAUUGAGGAUGUCAGUUUUCAAGGUGAUGCUCAAGUUUUUCUACGGUUGAAGUCAUCAAAGUCAGAUCAAUUUCGUGAAGGAGUGGUAAUUAGAUUAUUCAGAAAUGACCGCAUGUGUCCAGUACAGAGUCUGAAGCGAUAUUUGUCUCUCAGAGUGGCUUUGCGUCCUAGACCUAGUUUAGGGGACCCUCUGUUUGUAACUGAAGACAACUUACCACUGACGCGUUCUGUUUUCCUGCAGUAUUUACGCAGACUUGUCUGCUCAUUGGGUCUCAGUUCAUUUCAAUUUACAGGCCAUUCCUUCCGUAUAGGGGCAGCUACGUCUGCAGCAAAUGCCGGUAUCCAAGAUCACAUGAUUAAGGCACUAGGCAGAUGGUCUUCAGAUAGCUACUUGAG